UGAAACUCUAAAUAAGCUGAGCGCUAUUGUGGACACCACAUGGAACGUGAUGAGUGACGAGCUGUCACAUCACAAGGAUCAGGGUGACCCUCAUCUUCAUAAUCCGACCAUUAGCCCCGUCGAGUUCACCAACGAAAAGCGUUCCUUCUAUCUGACUCGUGAGACGUCCAGCAAAUAUGUCUCUUCUACGGCGAUGCCAUCCCAUCUGUCCAAUUCGACUUCUCGAAGCCCAGAGUGUCGCAUCGCAGGACUCGGAGAAGGCCUUAGCAUUCUCGCUGGCCGUCACGGCCAACGCUUAGUCUCCAUGGCCAAAUUCACAGACUGGAAGUGUCUGAUUUGCGGCAACUUCCACGCUGCUGUCCACCCGUACAGUCACAAGCCUUCUUCAGUGCGCUCAGCCCGUCAAAGACUUGGUCGCUCAAUCAUGCACUGGCCUAUUUCCUCUCCCUUCUUGCUAUCGUUCUAUCAACGAAAAGUCCUUGGGCCAUUGCUUUCAUCAUCACGAUCGAUUCAGACGACUCAAUCGACAUCGAUCAUCCGACCCUCGUCCUCCGAGCCUGCUAUCCAACACGGACGGAUGACUGACGCCCCUCUGUCAAAAAAACUGCGGCUUCGACACAGUGCGGCCUUUGUUCGUGAAGCUGGCCAACUGCCAGAGCCUCCGAAAGAUGAUGCGUCAAGCAUUGAAGUGUCGCUCAAGAGGUGGAUGAGAAUUCAACGACAUUCCACGACCGAGGCCGCUCGAGCCUGAAUACCCACCGUUCCUACAUGUUUUUGUCCCCAUAUCAAGUCGUGCGAUGCGCCGCUCAAUCCAUCUGAAACCAGCAAGAGGUCCGAGUUUCAAGUAUUUGGGGUGGAGAUUUGUGACGAUGCGACAACUGUGCGCCAAGGAACUCUCUGACUGAAAAUCGAUAGAGACGCGAAUGUAUGGCUCUUCGAAUCCGAUUUGUACGUCUAUGACCUAGGCUGGGAUAACCUCUCUGUUGACGAUUCCACAUGGCUCCUUGGGUUAGUCUUCCAGCACCACGAUAUGCGGCAAGCGACCUUGGCGGAGCUUGUGCGGAGAGCCAGGUCGCACCGGAUCGGAGUCGGUGGGCGAGAUGCGUCGGAAGCAGAAUCAAGGGCCGUCGAUCACCGACGCUCAAGACCUCAGAUCCAACUCAGUUAAUGCACAUGGAGCUCGGGAGGAUAUCAAUCCUGAAGAAGAAUGUAGAGCCAGUUGGAUGAUCUUCGCGGGCUUCCUUGGGUCUGCCUGACCGCUAACACUACAUCCCGCUCGACUCAUCAUGCGUGCACCCCCGUACAAAUCCCGCUCAAGUCCUCCAUGUGGUUUACAGUAACAACUGGUUUGGUUCGUGCGCUGAAAGAACCGAUCACUCGUACGCUUCAGAGACUGGAUUGCGAAUCAGAAGGCUGCCCGCGUCUGGGCCAUGAUUACUUCUGGAAAUUCCGCCGUCCUUAUUCGAGGACUUGGUCAGUACUGUCGAAUGUAGGGACUGGCGUCGAUGCCUGAUUUGAGUAAACACUGGAUAUCGAUAUAGCCUCCGUGGUAUCAUUACCUGCCUUUCGCAUAUCCCAGUCGAAAACGUAGAACCUCCAUGUAGCAUUCUCGAACCGUAGCGCGCGUGUGGUGAAACGCCAACAGGAGUUUGCGAAGCAUGCAGGGGCAACUAAAUCCCACGACAGCCGGUGCACAACAGCCGCGGCGCUAUGUCCCUCCGUCUGCUCCUAAGAACCAAUAAAAAAUCGACCAUCUGCCGCUGCAAGACGGCCCCCGAUACUUUGAAUGGAUUUACCGGUUAUUACCGAAAGUUGAGCGACUGCAAGUCAUUCGCAUCACGACUUCUUU